AUGAAAGCUGAACCGGGAAACUACGGUGACCUGACUGAUCUGUUCGAGGCGCGCAUCCUGGACGCGAGGUCCUUCACACACCGUGAUCACAUCGGUGUCGCUUGCCAGAUGCUUCAAAGAUACGACUUUCUCGAGGCGGCCGCGCGCUAUGGCAGCGCGUUGAAGGAGAUUGCCACAAAGGCAGGCGCGAGCGGCAAAUUCAACACGACGGUAACACUCGCCUUUCUUGGAUUGCUGGCUGAGCGCAUGGAAGUUACCCCGCACGCGAAUUUCGAUGAGUUUCUGGAAAGGAACCCGGACCUUUUCUCGCGCUCUCUUAUGGACGCCUGGUACUCCAAGGAGCGUGUCUCCAGCGAAAAUGCCAGACAGAUGUUCCUGUUGCCCGACAGGUUUGAAAUCAGCGGGACAGUUGGGCCGACGAACGCAUAG